AUGCACGACGAACAUGAGGAGCGUUGGCAGACCACCGAGACCGAGGAGCAGUUCGACGCGAGAAUGAGGCUCGUGGAAGACGAAGUGUACACUGUGCGCGAAGCCAUGUCGAUAGAGUACUUGAAGCAACAUCAUGUCCCUCUCUUGUACAAUGCCGUUAACCUCCGGAACGUGCAACACAACCCAGAGCGCUACGCGGGCAUACUACGGCCGUUUUACAAGCACCCACCGAUGGACUUUGACGCGCCGAUGAAUUUCUUCUUUGAGCGGCAGUCGCUACGGUGGCAAGAGUUUAUCCGCUUCCAGGCACACAAUCGCGGUCUCCAGACGAUGGACGAGCCAUUCCUCGACCAAGCGUACGCAGCUGCCCUGCUCCGCGAGGCCACCUGCGGUAGUCAUUGGCGGCACAUAUACCACAACUGGAAGGUGGACCACAGCGAGGGUCGAUAUGAAGAAUAUGUAAACAGGCGCAAAGACGAGAUGGUUUUUCUAAGGGACCAGGACUGCGAGGACUUUGUUGACUACCAAGCCGCGGUUCUCGCACGCCUGGACCGGAACGGUGUGCAACGCCUGGAUAAAAACAAUGCGGAGCUCCCGGGGUUUAUUUUGAGCCCGAGGUUCUGGGAUCAGGAUCCGAUGACGACGUGGACAGAGUACCUUGCCUAUGAGUACUGGCAGAUGGAGCAGUAUGACGAGGAUGUUGACGACCACCGGCCCGAGCAUGAUAUAGCUUACCAGCGCCUUCAGGCAACUGUCACCCUGGGAACCCACGAAACGGCCGACUUCCUGCCAACGGAAGAUGCCAAUUUGCAGCGGCGCGUGGAGCUGGACGAGGCGUACGCGCAAUUUGACGAGGCUACACUCAACUUCGUUCGGCUAGAGCAAAGACGAGUGAUGUGGCGAGACCCGGCAAAUACAUACAUGAUGCAUCAUCGCAGGACACGCGUGCUGGCUGAGGCCCAAGCCGAGCUUGAGGCUGCCGAAGCCGACAAGGACGCGGCGGUAUGGCGCGAAGAGCAUAUCAGGGAGUUUCUUCACGAGACGGAGACGUACCGGGAGGCGUGUGACAUUCGCGCGCGGCACAACCACUUGCUAGCCUGGGCCAGGAGUGAGUACGACCGCAGGAUGGGCGAGACGCUUGCGACCUCUGGACAAGCGGUGGAUGAUUCCUCCUCACGGCUCAGCGUUUCGUUUCAAUUGCCCUCGAACAUGUCGGCCGAGAGUGUGACACAAUGGCAGGAAACAAGCGACACAAGUCAAGAAGAGCAGGACAUAACUCUUCUUAGCAGUGUGUCACCGGUUGCUGCUGAAGUUGAGCUCCGAAAUGAUGUUGAGGACCACGGUGGCGUUGGACCACUCUGCGAUGCUUCCUUGUCCUCAGCCGUUGGUCAAUCCACCCUUGUCGAGACUGUUGCUGAAGAGCCAGCUGCCGUCGAGCAGAAUCCAGUUGAACCGGGUCCAGUCGAACAAACAAAAAUCGUACCACCUGCAGCCGCGCAGUUCUCUGAUGGGCGGGAUCUCUCGGUCGCACCCGCCGCUAGUACGACCGACACAGUCCCUCCCGCUAAUACCUCUACAGGGCCGCGUAGAAGUGCGCGCAUUGCUGCGGUCCACGGGAAAGCUACAGAGAAACCGGCACAACAGACCAUUCAGACAAGUCGCCGGUCGGAAAAGUCGUCCAAGAGAGCUGGCACCUCCAGAGGCGGCCGAAAGCGCGGCGGCAGUAGGGUUGUUGCCGAAGAAAAGGUGCGGGAUGCAGAACCGCCAGCGAAACGGACACGGCGGCGCACUGCGAGGAAGUAG